AUGGCUUCGCGAGUACGCGCGACGACUGGUCCGGCGGAAUAUUGGGAUCAAAGCUCGGUCAGUAGAAUAUCCUCCGACGACGUCCGAGCUCUCUCGACGUUGAAAGAUUUCAUUCCAUCGGACUUGGUCGCAUCGUUCAUCACAUCGCCUCCAGACAACAGCACGAAUGUCCCCGAACAGUACAUGAAAUGUUACGGCUCGCUGAGGAGGCCCUCUUGGUCCUGGAUUCAGUCGAUCCGCAGUCAUGACCACAACCCCAUUCUGCCUGGACUGAGAGGCAGAAGCAUCGCCAAUGGAGAAGUCCCUGUCUCCCGUGUUCUCUCGAGAACGCCAUUGAGUAUCACACGAUACGAGAUCAAUGCCACUCAGCACGCGCCAGAGCCCGAACUCAAUGCAGUCGACACAUGGCGAUCCGCAGCUCUUUCCGCGAAACCAGAAGAAACUCCACCCAGACUCCAAAUGGGCACGUCCGAUGCCUCGCACCAGAAAGAUCCAGUGAAAGGCUAUAUCUUCAGUCCCUUAGAUCGUGAGAGGAUCUUUGGCAGAGCAAAUAGGAGGAACGUCGCGAAACAUGUCAGUUCCAGGGAAGUGAAGCUGAAAAGCAAAUAUGGCAUUCAGAAGGCACGACACAACUUCACCGAGACCGACGACUGGCGCAUCACCCUCCGCCUGCUCGAGCACAUCACUGAAGCCGACCCCAAGCUCUACCUGAAGAAGCUCGUGCGGGUCAAUCUGCCAGAGGGUAUCUCUGCCGAAUUUAAGGGCAAUGCCGGGGUAGCAGUCGCCGAGAUUAUGGACCGAACAAACUGCCAUGUUCAGAUGGCGCCGGGAAAAAUUACCUACAAGUCGAAUCGUCCGGACUCCUUUACCGCUCUGGAUCUGCUGGGGUCUUUUCGCGAGAACGCACUUGCUCUCGACCUGCUCCCCGAAUACGUUACCAUUCGUGGGCCUAAAGAGGACAAUCCACAGGGGAUCGAUUCUGAAGACAAAGAUCACGUACCAAGUGAAGAUGCCGUCUUGACGCCUGACACGAAUACUGUAAGAGUUCAGACACUUCACGAUGCACGCGAGGCACCACAGAACGGGAAGAUACCUAUACGCUCCGUCUGGGCAAACAUCCGCUCGGGCGAGGACACCAUUUCGACGCGUUUGGCUCAGCGCCCCAAAAUAUUCACGACGCUCUCCAUGUCUACAUAUAUUUCGGACCUUUGUCGUCCUAUGCCUCGACAAAUACAGCACGAAGUGCAGUCCCGUGACCAACCCGGGAUUCGUGGCGGACAUGUUGGCAGUGUAGGGCAGGAGCUCCUCUCUAUGUUUCGAGACCGAACACUUGCCAAGUUUCUGAGCACCCGAUCGCUGAGCAUGAUCAUCGAUUUCUUCGAGAAGAACCGGCAUCUCGAUGCAUUUCGCGAGCUUGUUGGGUCCCUCGGCGAAGCAGAAUAUGCGUUCACAGCCUCGGAUUGGAAUCGCAUCCUUGCCGCCACUGCAAAGGAUGGUGAUGUUCAUAAUCACUACUACACACUCAAAGCCAUGUUGCGCCAAGGUUUGUCUCCGACGCCUCGCACAUGGGUCACAUUUCACGAUCUGGUGUGCAGGCGCUUCCCUUCUGCAGCCCAUCUAGUAGCCGAUGCGAUGCAUAGUAAAGGUGUCCUGCAGGACCGACAAGCUGCUGAAAUGGUUGCGCGAAAUGCUGUGGAAUACGAUCUAACCCGGACUCUGGCCAAGAACAAGGGAGUCGAGGCCUUCAUUCAAUUCUACGACCAUCGCUUUCAGCACUCCUAUGGCUUGUCCAACUUCAACUGGCUCUCGAUUCAUAGCGCAAACCGCAUGCUCAAGACACUGCUGACGGCUGGCCGAAAGCUAGACGUGUUCUACGUUCUGGACGUGGUCAAGCAAAGAAAUCCAAAAGCAGAGUUCAACGAGGACACUCUAGAUACUUUGCUGUCUUCUGCCUUGUUCUCCCAGGACGUACGGCUUGCUAUUUCGAUCCUGAGAUAUUUCCGAGUCGGCGAACCUGGAUCGCCGCCAUUGAGCGAUAAGUCGUGGGACAUGCUGUUCACACUCGUAUGGCGGCGACGAUAUUACAACACGCUCAAGGUUGUCUGGUACUACGCCUGUGCAGGUGGUCAUUCAACCUCGUCCAUGGUUCGCCGCAUGCAUGGAAGCUUGUAUCGUCCGCUCAGCGUUCUUCAAGCCGAGAAGGGCAUUUCCCGAGGCGACAUGUGGGUUGCGUUCGCUCCUCGGAUUGCGCUCGGACUAGUCACCGACCUCGAACCCUACAGUAUGCUGGGCUUUUCAGGCAUGCAAGCCGCAGCUGGCGAGUCCCCAGGAGCAAAUGAGGCAGACUCGCACCUUUCCACGAAGCGGGCCGACUUGCGCUCGAUGAUCGCGGUUGUGAAUGAAGACGUGGAAGCGUUCAGGUUUUGUAGACCUACAAAUAUGCUGAUAGACAUGCUGGAGAGUGCCUAUAUCCGGGACAUUGCAUGGAAGGACCGUGGCUUGGGAGUGCCAUCCGGUCUGGGUUCGACUUGGAGCACGCCGAAGCUGAUGUUCCACGAAAUGGCGAAGGACGCAGUCCACGUGCCCUUAUCGAAGAGGCUUCCUGAUCGAGUAAUUGUCUCCGCGUCAAAUAACGACAAGAAAUGA